AUGCUUUUUUACUUAUACAUCCUGAUGCUGCCCCUUAUGCAGCCAGUUCUGUCAAGCCCAGUGCCACUCACCACACGCUCCAGAGGGUGUCCCGCCUGUAAAGGUAAGCUCUCACAGAGUCUGCAGUCUGUAGAUUUAAAUGCCACUACUCUGGCUGUUGGAGAACCAUGUGGCGUCUACACUCCGAGCUGUGCCCACGGUCUACGUUGUGCGCCUCUCGAGGAUGAGCCAAGGCCCCUCCGUGCUCUGCUGGAAGGCAGAGGAGUGUGCAGUAAUGCCAGUGGUGCCGGUACGACUGACGGGAGUCUCACUGUAGACCCAGCACCUACUGAGGGUCCAGAUGAGCCUCCUUGUCGUAAAUUGCUAACUCUACUCAUCAAAGGCCUUGAUGCCCAUUUAUUCAAAUCAGAUCAUGAUAUCUACAUGCCCAACUGUGACAAGCAUGGAUUCUUCAGAAAGAAGCAGUGUUGGUCAGCUCGAGGUAAGCAGCGCGGCAAGUGUUGGUGUGUGGACGAGAACGGCAUGCCACUGCCUGCAGAGGCCAAACAGAAAGGCGGCCUGCGUUGUUAA